UUCAACUGUGGCGAGCGCAUCGGACGUCUUUGAACUACAACUUCCGGCAUGCAACGCCAGCGACCCCGGGUCUCUCGGUUUGUGCUCCGCGUACAAGCCCGAUGAUUGGUCGCAUGGGCUGCUUGUCAGGCCACAGUCUGACUUUGAUUGGUCGAGUUCUCAUAAGUGCCUGAGCAGGGGCUGGGGGUCCGCUUACCGCGCUCCCGCCCGAGACAUGGCGAUCCUCGGGGUGCAGCUGGUGGUGACCCUGCUCACGGCCACCCUCAUGCACAGGCUGGCGCCGCACUGCUCCUUUGCUCGCUGGCUGCUCUGCAAUGGCAGUCUCUUCCGGUACAAGCACCCGUCGGAGGAGGAGCUGCGGGCCCUGGCAGGGAAGCAGAGGCCCAGAGGCAGGAGGGAGAGGUGGGCCAAUGGCUAUAGUGAAGAGAAGACUUUGUGUGUCCCCCGAGAUGCCCCUUUCCAGCUGGAGACCUGCCCCCUCACAGCCGUGGAUGCCCUCGUCCUGCGCUUCUUCCUGGAAUACCAGUGGUUCGUGGACUUUGCCGUGUACUCGGGGGGCGUGUACCUCUUCACAGAGGCCUACUACUAUGUUCUGGGCCCGGCGAGGGAGACCAACAUCGCUGUGUUUUGGUGCCUGCUUACCGUGGCCUUCUCCAUGAAGAUGUUCCUGACCGUGACUCGGCUGUACUUCAGCGCGGAGGAGGGGGGCGAGCGCUCCGUCUGCCUUACCUUUGCCUUCCUCUUCCUGCUUCUGGCCAUGCUGGUGCAGGUGGUGCCAGAGGAGACCCUGGAGCUAGGCCUGGAGCCAGGCCUGGCCAGUAUGAUCCAGAACUUGGAGCCACUUCUGAAGAUGCAGGGCUGGGACUGGAUGGUUCCUCUGGUCAAGCUGGCCAUCCGUGUGGGGCUUUCGAUCCUAGGCUCCAUGCUGGGUGCCUUCCUCACCUUCCCAGGCCUGCGGCUGGCCCAGACCCACCGAGAUGCACUGACCAUGUCAGAAGACCGGCCCGUGCUGCAGUUUCUCCUGCACACCAGCUUCCUGUCCCCCCUGUUCAUCCUGUGGCUCUGGACCAAGCCUAUUGCACGGAACUUCCUGCACCAGGCGCCCUCUGGGGACACACCCUUCUUCCUACUGUCGGACUCAGCCUUUGACUCGCUGCGCCUCUGGGUGCUGGUGGCACUGUGCCUGCUGCGGCUGGCAGUGACCCGGCCCCACCUGCAAGCCUACCUAUGCCUGGCCAAGGCCCGCGUGGAGCAGCUGAGGCGGGAGGCUGGCCGCAUUGAGGCCUGCGAGAUCCAGCGGCGGGUGGUACGGGUCUACUGUUACCUGACGGUGGUGAGCCUGCAGUACCUGACGCCUCUCAUCCUCACCCUCAAUUGCACGCUUCUGCUCAAGACGCUGGGUGGCUACUCUUGGGGCCUGGGCCAGGCCCUCCCACUAGCCCCAGUACUGGCAGCAGCCCAAGAUGGCCCAGUGGGCCCCAAGGAGGAUGAGGCCCAGCAGGCGGCGGCCCAGAUCACUGGGGCCCUGGGUGGUCUGCUCACACCCCUCUUCCUCCGUGGCACCCUGGCCUUCCUCAUCUGGUGGACUGCGGCCUGCCAGCUGCUUUCCAGCCUCUUUGGCCUCUACUUCCAUCAGCACCUGGCAGGCUCCUAGCCACCUGAAGAGACUCCUGGAACCCCAUGGCCGCCCUCUCUGUGUGUGCCUCAGUAUCCCCAGGUGCAAGGGGGCCUGGGAGGCCUGUGCCCAACCCUUCACUGCAGUGCCUGCAUGGGCCCCCUUGGGACCCUGAGCUUCUGCCUCGAAACUAUCUCCUGAGGCCGGUGGCUGAGUCCCACAGCCAUUGUUCCUAGACUGCAUGUGCACGUCAGGUUUGACAGCAGAGCAAUGACAGAGGGUGGCUUUUUAAAAAAGGGGGAAAGGAGGGAUCUGGGGGGAGAGAGAGGUGGGUGGGGUAGGUGCGCCCCUGGUUCUGGGCUGGGCCACAGUGGCUACUGCCUUCUGCCACAGGUACAUGGGGACUGCUUUCCUAUAAAUGUCACACACAGCAAACGGGUACGUUGCUGAGGCCAUAGGCCCAGAGCAAAGAGGAUGAGGGGCUCUCUCUGACUCCGGAAUUUUUCUGUCACUGUGGCGACAGUGGGAACCCACUAUGUAUGCAUGUAUGUGGAAUAACAUACACGUGGCUGAAAAGCCAAAAUUCAACUGAGUAAAUUGUAAUGGUCUUAAUAGGCUUUAUUGAAUGACUCAUGAAUCAGUCAACAUCUUAUGCUUCUGUUAUGUGGAUAAACAUGAAAAGUAUAUUAAAAACAAGGGUUCGCCCGG